AUGGAGAGCGCCGAGCACCAGCAGCAGGCCGCCACCCGCUCCCGCUCCCCGUCCCUUCCGGCGGCGCCGCCCUCCCCGCCGCUGUCGCCCAACUCGGCGGCGGCGGCGGCGCUGGCGAACGCGCGCUGGACGCCGACCAAGGAGCAGGUGGGCGUGCUGGAGGGGCUGUACCGGCAGGGGCUGCGCACCCCCACCGCGGAGCAGAUCCAGCAGGUGACGGCGCGGCUGCAGAAGCACGGCCCCAUCGAGGGCAAGAACGUCUUCUACUGGUUCCAGAACCACAAGGCCCGCCAGCGCCAGCGCCAGAAGCAGCAAGCCUUCGACUACUUCUCCAAGCAGUUCCGCCGCCCCCAGCCGCUGCCCGUGCUCCACAGGCCCGCCGCCCACCCCUCCUUGCCCCCGAUCCCGCUGCAGGCUCCGCCGCCACACAUGUCGUCGGCGACGCCGCCGGAUCUUCCCGCUUCUCCUGCAUGCAACAGACAAGCGAUGCACAGGCAGCAGCCUAGCUACGUGACAGCGGCCGCGGCGGUGGCGGCGACACAGGCCGCGGCGAAUGCAUCCCACUACAUGCAGACGCAGACGCAGACGCCGAUGUUGUACCCGGGAGUGGAGGCGGUGGCGCAUGACAAGGUCCAGACGCAGGCACCGGCCACCAUGUACCACCAAGCACCAGCUCAGAACAACGCCGGCACUCAACAGCCGCGCGCGCUACAGCUCCCUCCGGCCGCCGGCACGCACGGGCCGCCCGCCGCCCGCUCCCGCCGCCCAGAGACCCUGAACCUGUUCCCGCUGCACCCCACCUUCGCGAUUCCGCAGAAGACGCGCCCGGCCGGAAUCGCUGGCUCCGCGACGCCGACGGCGACGGUGCCGUCCGCCUCGGGGUCGGGGUCGUUCUCUUGGGAGCCUGAGAGCCCCCGCGGCGACGCCUCGCUGCCGCUUUAUGACUUCUUCGGCGUAGGCCGCUGA